CCCUCCAGCCUGGUGGUGUCUGGCGUUAGAGGGAAGAGGGGAGUGGGGGAUGGGAGAUGAGGGGAGUGUAGGUGGUGUAGGCGCGGGUAUAAAGAGAGGGGUUACAGGUGGAGCCGCGCCUCUGUAGCCCUUAUAGACCAAGAGGACAGGAGCCAUGACGGACGAAAAGAAGGUCAAGAAGAAGAAGAAGAAGGAAGAGGAGCCCGCUGCCGCUCCUGCUCCUGCUCCAGCUCCUGAACCAGACCCUGAGCCUCCUGCGCCUGCGCCCACGCCAACAGUUACUCCCGCGUCGUCCAAGCCCGCCUCCAGGAAGUCCUCCUCCAGGAGGGCGAAAAAGACAGGAUCCAAUGUAUUCGACAUGUUUACACAGAGGCAGGUGGCGGAGUUCAAGGAAGGUUUCCAGAUGAUGGACAGAGACAAGGAUGGCAUCCUCGGCAAGAGUGACCUUCGACAGGUGUUCGACGAAGUGGGCAGGAUCGCCACAGACAAAGAGCUGGACGACAUGUUAAACGAAGCGCCCCACCCCAUCAACUUCACCAUGCUGCUGCAGAUGUUCGCUGAGAAAAACACCGGCACCUCUGACGAUGAUGAGGUCGUUGCUGCUGCCUUCAACGCCUUCAGUAAGGACGGCUGGAUAGAUGGCGACAUGUUCCGCCACGCCCUCAUGACCUGGGGCGACAAGUAUACUGCCCAGGAGGUCGAAGAUGCCUUCGACCAGUUCGAAAUGGACGACCAGGGUUUCAUCGACACAGCGUCAGCCAUUCAACUGUUGACGGGCAAGAGUGAGCUGGAGGGAGAAGCCUAGAUUAUGCUAGGUUGACUGCUAACCACUUUGAGCGCUGAGGGGCGUGGUUUAGAGAUGCAGCCUUUGCGCUGAUUGGUUAGGAGCAGCUAGCUCUUCGUCACUAGUGGACAGAGCUUAACAAAAUAAAACUCCCAUUUAUUGUUAGUUCACUUAACACUCUGUCCUUACAUUCUUCCUAUGUUAAGAGACAAAUUCUCAUGUACUGAUACUCUCUCACUCCUGUGUUAGAUGUUAUGUUACAUAGUCCUCUUGUUCUCUAUUUUUAUAUGUCUAAUCUAAACUUUCUUGAUCUGUUUAGAUUUUUGCCCCAUGGGGCGAAUUUAAUGGGCAGCGCCACUCAUUCUGUGAGUGAACAUACCGCCAUAAAGACAGUAGGCCUAUAUUACAGCUCAGAUAGUUGCCACGCCACUGGCGUUAUCAACUUCAUCCUAGGCUCUUUCAGUAUUUAGGUAUCACUACCUUUAAAAAUUAUCCUUAUUAAUUGCAGCAUAUGCUGCAGUUUUUUGUAAAAUGCGUAAAAUGAAAAGCUACGCAGGAAAAGAUUCUUGUGGGUGUGAAUCCCGCACAAGAGAAUCGCAGCCCUCAGCGAGGCAGCUCACGUGUUCUAGGGAGUAUUGAAACAAAUUAACAUCCACAUGGGCACUAAAGCAGAGACCAAAAGACUAUCGACAGAGACAGCUGAGGAGAACAGUGAAAUUUGGAGACUCAAGAAUUCACUAAGUCACUGAGACGUUCACUGCAACACUCUCUGGGCGUUCUGCUGGUGUCGUCGACCAUCUGUAAAGUCCUGUCGUAAAAAUAAACAUGAAAACAUG